AUGUCGACCCAAGUACAGGCUUUGUAUGACUUUACUGGUGAACCAGGCACAACCGAGAUGUCUAUCACCUCUGGAGAAAUACUAACACUUAUAAAUACAGAUAUAGGAGAAGGCUGGUGGGAGGGGAGAAAUUCCAGAGGUGAAACUGGUUUGUUUCCCGCUGCAUAUGUGAGGAAAGUCACACCAGAUGAGUCUGCACCCACGAAAAUGGCGCCUCCAGCACCAAGAUACGAUCAAGCUGCAGAUGAUUGGGGAGAUCACCAAUACAGUGCUGGCGACAAUAAUUACCAAAGGGCGGCUUCACAUGAUGAGGGCUGGGAUGAUGAUUGGGAGGAUGACACAUAUUCAGAAAUUGGACCUGGCCCACAGCAAUCAAAGCAGGCAGUGAAUCAACCGCUUACACCAUUACCGGGAAUGCCAAUUAGUGAUCUUAACCAUCAAAUAGAUGACAACUCAUCCACCUUUGGCUCAUCGGUUGGCACAGUGAGAAAAAAUAAAUUUGCACCUUCAUCUAAAGUCAGCGGUGAGAGUUACCUUUUAGGUACUUUGAAUGUUGAAGUACCAGAUUCAGAUAAAAUAUACAUAGAACAAGAAGGGGAUGCAUAUAUUUGGUCGCCCAUACCACAACCAUAUAAUGUAACUGUUGCAUCACCAAAAAAGGAAUCCAAAUUUAAAGGUAUUAAGAGCUUCAUAGCAUAUCAAUUGACUCCCUCCUUCAAUAAUAUUCAAGUAUCCAGAAGAUAUAAGCAUUUUGAUUGGCUUCACGAGAGAUUGCAGGAGAAAUUCACACUCAUUCCAAUCCCACCUUUACCUGACAAACAGAUCUCUGGAAGAUAUGAUGAACAAUUGAUUGAGAGGAGAAGAGUUCAGUUACAGGAGUUUGUGGAUUGGAUGUGUAAGCAUCCUGUACUAUCCAGAUCGGAAGUGUGGCAACAUUUCCUAACUUGCACAGAUGAGAAACGUUGGAAGGCUGGUAAAAGACAAGCAGAGAGAGAUAAUUUAUUAGGACUAAACUACUGUAUAUCGUUAGUUGUACCUGAAAAAGCUUUACUUCAAUCACAAGUAGACCACAUCACCGAACAAUGCCACAUUUUCAUGAAUAGCAUGGAUAGUUCUGUUAAAUCUCUGACAAAUAUGUGUAUAGCACAAACAAAGCGAUUCCAAGGGCCUUACAAGAGUGAUUGUCAAAAAGUAGGAGAGGCUUUUUAUAACUUAGGAAAUGCGCUAAGUUUAGAUGAAGGCACAAUAGUUUCUACUUCAAAACUAACUUCAGCUAUCAAAAUGGCUGGCGGGGCCUACAUUGAAAUAGGCAGAAUGUAUGAGGAACAACCAAAAUAUGACUUUGAACCACUUGGUGAUAAAUUUCACCUUUACAAAGGUAUAGUUGGAUCAUUUCCUGAUGUAUUAGCAAAUCACAAAGCAGCUGUUCAGAAGAAAAAAGAGUGUGAGCGAUUAAGGGCUGAAAAUAAAAUGGAAAGGGAACAAUUAAAUGAAGUGUUUAGAAGAAACAAUGUUAUAUCAUAUGCCCUUCUUGCCGAAAUAAACCACUUCAAGUCAGAGAGGACGGUUGAUUUAAAUGCAACAAUGCAGAAAUUUCUGAAGCAGCAAAUAACGUUUUAUAAGAAGGUAGUUGAAAAAUUGGAAGUAACUCUACAACACUUUGAACAGUAG